AUGGCAGGGAUCAAUUUCUUGCGAGCGACCUUGACAAGGCCAACUUCUAGAUUGUCGCAUCUUCUAUUGAACCCCAAUUUCGGAAAGCCUCUUAUCAAGCACUUCUCGACGUCACCGUAUUGCGCCAUGUUGACCACCGAAUUAUCAGAGGCUGAGGUAUCCGCGCUUAGGGUCAAUAAGGAGCGAUUGGCUAAAGACCUUCACCAUUCGUGUCAAUGGGGAUAUGGUAUUCGGUGGGGGGAUGAAUCGACAGAUACUGGUAUGCAACGUCUAGCUCUAUCCGAAGAGGAUAAGAGCGUUCGAGACUGGUUCAUUCACACCAUGAAGAGUUUGAAGUGUCAAAUUACUGUCGACGAGAUGGGCAAUAUCUUCGCCGUGCGUCCUGGGAAGAGGACAGAUGUUCCAGCAACUUUCAUCGGAAGUCACCUCGAUACUCAACCUACAGGAGGUCGUUAUGAUGGGAUUCUGGGUGUCUUGUCUGGCGUAGAAGCUCUCAAACGAAUGGAUGAGAUGGGUCUUGAAACAGAAGGAGGUGUUGGGGUUGUCAACUGGACCAACGAAGAAGGAGCUCGAUUUCCGGUCAGCAUGAUUGCCUCAGGCGUGUGGGCAGAGUGCAUCCCGCUUUCCAAGGCCCACGACCUCAAGGAGGUGCCGACUGUUGCAUCCUUACCCACCGCCGCUUCCGCCCCGGACACAAUGAAGAGUGCCCUGCAGAAGAUCGACUACUUGGGCAGUGUACCAUGCUCGUACAAGUCAACACCAAUGGCGGCGCACUUUGAGUUGCAUAUUGAACAAGGUCCGCAUCUCGUAUCGGCAGGACAGCGAGUUGGUGUCGUCACAGCAGUCCAGGCUUAUCGUUGGUACCGUUUGAAUGUGAUCGGAAGGGAUACUCAUACGGGUACAACUGCCUUCGAACACCGCGCUGAUGCUUUGUAUGCAUUUUCGUGCAUGAUGGUCAAGGCUCGAGAAGUGGCCAAAGCUCGAGGAUGUCUUGCCAGUGUGGGCAUUAUCGAGGCGAAGCCUGGCAGUGUCAAUACCGUUCCCGGCACAGUCACCUUUAGCUUGGACAUCCGUGGUCCAGAAACCGAACUGGUGGCCGAGGUAGAGAAGCAAUUGCGCAAAGAAUUCGACGCCAUUGCGGCUGAAGAAGGCGCUGGUAUUGGGAAGCCGUGUCGUAUCGAGUGGACCCUUGACUUUGACUCGCCUGCCGUGAAGUUCCAUGAGGAUUGUAUCUCUUGUGUUCAAGACUCAGCUCACGCAGUCGUUUCAGACGCCCCUGUUACUGAUACAAAGUCACUGGUCCGUCCCAUUACGAGUGGCGCCGGUCAUGACAGUGUAUUCACCUCGAAGAGAGUUCCCACAAGCAUGAUCUUCGUUCCAUGCAAGGAUGGAUUGAGCCACCAUCCCGAGGAGUUCUGCUCAGCAGAUGAUUGUGCCACCGGAGCAUCGGUGAUCUUACAAGCCGUUGUACGAUAUGAUCGUAAGAGGUUCGCGUAG